AUGGUCACAAAAGGCCUACAAGCGGUGCUAGCUCUGGUGGCGUGUGCGCACGCGCAGUACCAAGACGAGCGCGCGCCGCGGUACAUCGCGUCCGAGCCUAAGGCGCCGGCUUCGACUCCCGUGCCUAUCCUCAAGCAGAUUAACAGGCAUAACGAGGAUGGUUCAUACACGUACGGAUACGAAGCCGCCGACGGAUCGUUCAAGAUCGAGACCAAGUCGCCUGCUGGAGAGGUCAAGGGCAAAUACGGAUACAAAGAUGAUACUGGCAAGGUCCGUGUGAUAGAGUACGGAGCCAACAAGUAUGGUUUCCAGCCAGCAGGUGAGGGCAUCACGGUGGCGCCGCCCACGCUGGUGGACGAGACCAGACGGGACGAAGAACAGAGGCCUGGCAAGCAGUCACAGUCACGCCGCAACCAAUACCAGCCAGCUCCCGCUCAAUCCAUAGACUACGACUACAACGACGAGCCCGCCCCACCUCCGCCACCCCGCCCCGCCCCUCGCCCCGCACCCCGUCCCGCCCCACAGCCCCAGUACAGACCCCAGCCGGCCCCACAGCCCCAGUAUAGGCCCCAGCCUUCCCCGCAAUACCGUGCGCCGGUACAGCAUAGUCAACAGCAGUUUGGAGUGCCCGCUCCUACUCAAGCGCCGUACAGGCCUGCUCCUCAAAGUCAGGGGCCUACUCCUCCUAAGCCCGCAUUCUUCGCCGGUGCCGCCCCAGUGCCCGCAGAAGACAACUUCUUCAACCCCGAACCGCCCCAGAGGAGACAAUACCAAAGCCCGAAGCAGGACUUCAGGCCCGUGCCCCAAUUCCAGGACUACAACCAGGAUAACUCUGGACCAUCUUUCAAUAGGCAGCAGGACUUCUCAGGCCCUAGUUUCUCUGCCCCUAGGCCAGCUCAAAAGCAUGCUCAACCCUACUCCAUGCUCGAUGAACUCUUGAAGGAAUACGCCCUACCGAAGAAUGGAGCUCCAGCCCUACACGACAUCGUUUUCGGAUCCUACUAGGUUAAGAAAUCUCAGUGCCCUCUUGUAAAUAUGUAGAAUAUUUUUUUAUUAAUUAAAAAAAAACGAACGUGUUUUGUUUUUUAUCGAACUCGUUUUUGGUAAAUAACAGUA